AUGGAAUAUGAUAUUUCUGAAUUGUAUAACUUGAAUGAGUCGAAUCAAGCGGCUGCGGAAAAACGUGUGUUACUUGGAAAGCACCUGAAAAUUAGUUUUGUGGCACAUCGGAUCCACAAAUUCCUGACCUGGAAGGGUUACAAUGCUAAAGUAAUUUCCUGCGCUGAAGUUCGUUCAAAACAUUUCCCUGAGUAUGCUUCUCCAUUCCCCGAGUUUUUUAAUGAAGAAUGCUCCAAGUAUGUUGAUUUACGUGCUAAGUGUGUUGACCUAUCUUUGCAAGAAGCAGUGGAAUAUCUAGAAGGUGAAGGCCAGAUCGCGAUCUUUGAUGGUUCAAAUCUUACAAAGUCCCGUCGUGAGCAUAUAAUGAACGUUGUGAAGGAACAUCCCAUCAUAAGUUCUCCAAUCUGGAUUGAAAUGCGUCUACCAAACAAUGAAAUGGUGAUGAAGCGCUUCGAUAAGAAUAAACUACAAAGCAUGGAGUACCUCGGCUAUGAUAUGCAAAAAGCUAAAGCGGAGCACUUUAAGCGAAUCACAUAUCAGCGGAAAAGUUACGAUCCACUAGAAAACGAUCCUUACGUCUAUUGUAUCGUGGAGUUUGGCGAAGGGGACAACAAACGCUAUUUGGUGAACAAUAUUCGAGGAUAUCUUCCCACCACAAUCAUUUCUUUUGUGAUGAAUCUUCACCCAGAGGCGCGUCCGAUUUACUUUUCACGUCAUGGCCAGUCCAUGUACAACGUAGAGGAUCGAAUUGGCGGCGAUUCUUCUCUAACCGAUUAUGGACUGCAAUAUGCGGAGAAGCUGGGGGAGCGUGUGGCUACGAUCGACGAGCUUCCUCCUGACAAGCUGGUUGUGUGGACGAGCUGUCUGAAACGAACGCAGGAAACGGCGCAGUUUAUUCAAUGCAAGUAUCGUGUUCGCUGGCAGGCGUUGAACGAAAUCGGCGGGGGUGUUUGCGAAGACAUCACAUACGCCGAGAUGAACGAGCGAUACCCCGAAUUAGCGGGGCUUCGGCGUAAAAACAAGCUGACUUUCCGGUAUCCGCAAGGGGAGAGCUACAUCGAUAUUAUCGAAAGAUUGCAGCCUGUUAUCUUCGAAUUGGAGAGAAACACGAAUCCAAUCAUCGUCGUGUCCCAUCAAGCGGUCUUGCGAUGUCUUCUUGCCUAUUUUAUGGAUAUUCCUCGGAAUAAGAUCCCUUAUAUAUCCUUCGAAUUGCUGAGCGUUGGCUCUUAACACUUCACUAUAACAUCCCUUUCCAUACUCUUAUUCGUCUUAUACCUCGAGAUUGUUCCUAUGAUGAAGAACGAAUGCCCCUUCAUCCGCUGAAUGUGUAUGAUACUAUUCCAGAGCAGAUGAAGGAAAUGGAGGAGCAACGCCGUUCACAGAAAAAGAAACUAGCUAGUAGUUAGCUUGUAGUUGACUGGUAGUUGGCUAGUGUAGUAGAACAUAACUAUU